AGGAAAAUAGGCUUACCCGAAUUUCGCCAAUAAGACUUUCGCCAACUAGACAUUCGCCAAUGGCGAAAGUCACCCGAGUAUAUUGGCGAAAGUAAAGUGGAUUUUCGCCAAUUGGCGAAAGUCACCGGGAUACAUUGACGAAAGUACAGUGGACUCUCACCAAUUGAAAAAAGUUCGAUGGACUUUUACUAAUUGUAACAGAAGAAAAUAAAUGUUGGAUAUGAGCGAGGAGAAUGGGUGUCAGCAUCUAUCUUGGUGCUGCCUAUUAACCCACAUGUUACACUGAUGAAUGCACAUCAGACUCUCGCCAAUUGACGAAUGUCCUGGACAUGUAAUGGCGAAAGUAUAGUGGACUUUCGCCAUUGGCGAAUGUCCUGUUGGCGAAAGUCUUAUUGGCGAAAUUCGGGAAUCCCGGAAAAUAGUCCGUCGUCUGCUCUUUCAAAAUUGAUAAAAGUUUUUCCUGAAAAUCUCAUUAUUCCUAGAAACUUUUCACAAUUUCAGGGAACUACUUUUUGAAAAAUCGGCGAUUUUUUGAAAUAUCCAAAAAUCUUUUUCGUUAUCUCAUACGCGCAUUCCAAAUUUCUCUGUAAUGGUUUGCUCUUUUUUGCUUGAAAGAACAUGUCAAAAUGUAGAGCACCACAUCGCCUUUUUUUGAAAUACCCUUUUUCUUGAGUCAACAUGAAGUCAGUGAUAUAAUUUGGUUACCAUGAUUCGAUGAAUUUUUUAGUCAUUGAACUUGUGAUCUUUAUUUUCGAUUAAAAAGGAGAUAUUUCAAAACAAGGGCGACCUGGUUACCUGAAUCUUGACACAUUCUUUCCAACAAAAAAUAAUAUUAAUAAAUUGAACGAACCAGUACAGAGAAAUUUCAGUUGCCAAAUUAGCUAUUUUUCGACCUUAUUUGGUUAGUGGAAUAGUUUUGGACUGAAAAUUUUAUCAUAGACUCUACUUAAUGUCUCCAAUGUAUUCUCCGAAUUUCAGUUCGUUCCAACGCUCUUGAGCCGAGAUCAGUUUUUAAAGUAGGAGAAUGGGAUUUUCGUAAGUAAUUAUUAUCUCUCGAAUUCUUUUGCACGAAAAACUUUAGUAAUCAAUGUUUCAAAUGUGUUCUUAGACGAAUAGAAUGAAUUGAUUUAGUCUAUUUAAAAGUUCCAUUAGGAAAAAUAAGAAGAAAGUUUAUCAUCUAUAGACAAAAGAAACUCUUUGAAUCAAUUUCCUUGUGUCUAGAAUCAUAAUAAUAAUAAUAAAGAACUUCUCUUUCUUAGGAUCGAAAUACAUUUCAACGUUUCGAUCGUUUUAAUGCAAAUUAUAAUCCUGUUGGUAAAAUGAUGUUACGAGAAAUUUUUAUGAAAACUGAUAAUUAUAUUGAUGGCCUAUUUUUUGCUGAACUAUUACAAGAAGUUAUUGCUGAUUUAGAAGCGAGUAAAUAUCAACACGCAGAACUUCGUUUGUCAAUUCAAGGUAAAAGUAUUGAUGAAUGGGAGAAAUUAGCUACAUGGUUUUUAAAAAAUAAAAUGCAUUCAACUAAUGUUAGCUAUAUGAUACAAAUACCACGUAUUUAUAAUGUUCAUCAUGCAAAUGGUAAAUUAAAAAAUUUUCAAGAACUUUUAACAAAUCUUUUUCAACCAUUAUUUGAUGCAACUAUCAAUCCUGAAUCACAGCCAGAUUUAUUUCGUUUUAUGCUUCUUUUUACUGGCUUUGAUUCAGUUGAUGAUGAAUCAAAACCUGAAAAAUUACUAAUUGAAAAUAAUAUGGUGUGUCCCGAUCAAUGGGAUACAAAUGAAAAUCCACCUUAUGCCUAUUAUUUAUUUUAUAUGUAUGCAAAUAUUCUUACACUUAAUCAACUUCGAAGAUCACGUGGUUUAAAUACGUAUCAAUUUCGUCCACAUUGUGGUGAAGCUGGUGAUGUAUCACAUCUUACUGCAGCAUAUAUGUUUGCAGAAAAUAUUUCUCAUGGUCUUGUUUUACGUCAAGUAUUUUGUUUUUCUUUACAUAUAUAUACCGAAUGUCCCAAAAUGUUUGCACACUUUUUAUUUGACAUCUAUCUCAACAUAGAUAAAUGAUAAACACCUUGAUUUUUUUU